UCAAUUGUUUUGUUUUGUAUUUUUUUACAUUGGAAUCCUCUUUCAGUUUUCUCCCACCUUCAAAACAACUUGCUUCCAUUCUCUCUCAGCCUUUCCACAGUAUUCACUAUUCACAGCACAGCUUGCUUCCUUCUUUGCCAUUUCCAUAAAUUUUCACUCUCAUCAGGGUCUCAUUUUUUCAGCACCGCGCGAUCAUCUUGGCCGCGUUCAUGGGGAGUAAAGAGCCAUGGUUACCGGGCGAGCUGGGGCCACAAGUUGAUGAUGCACCGCCAACGGUGGAGCCGAACCGCUACAGCCACCGAUCGAUCGAGACGCUGGUGGUAGUUCUAGCCGUGAUCACCAUUGUGGGUGUCAUUGCAGGCAUCAUUGCCCGGCUGUGUGGCGGCCGGCAUUUCGGCAACAAUGGGGAGAACGACAUAGAAGGAUGGGUAGAAAGGAGGUGUAGGAGUUGCAUUGAUGGCGGAGUUCCGCCUGCAGCAGUGGAGCCUAAGCCACCAGCGGCAGCACCGCCAGCAGCAGAAGAAGCAAAAAAGUAAAAAAAAAAAAAAAAUUAAAAAAAAAUGGAGAUGAUUGAAUUGGUAAUUAGCAUGUAAUUUUAGUAUUAGAUAGUAAUUGACUGUAUAAGCAAUUAAUCAUGUGUGGU